UAUAUCUACUAUUUCGAGCAAAUAUAAAUACCCAUAUAUAUUAAACGAGAAUAAUCAACAUUAAGAGUACAAAAAUAUUUGACAAAAGUUCUUGCUUCAAGUAGAACAACAAUAAACAAUUGUCCUUAUGAACUACGUUGUUUUGACGUUGGUAAUAACCGGUGAAAAAAGCCCGGUAUAACUUGCAGAGGAGAUUUGUUACGGGUUAUUCGUACAUUGAAUACGGUGAUAGUAUUAUUUGAAUCGCACAGUUGUGAUAUUCUGUAAUCCAAUCAUGCCAAUAAUAGGCGGUUCGAAAUUGUUGAAAUUUGCAAGACUAACCGAUAAAGCUUACGCACCUACAAAAGGAUCAAAGGUUGCUGCAGGCUAUGAUCUAAGAAGUGCCUAUGAGUAUGUUGUACCAGCACAUGGCAAAGAAUUAAUUAAAACUGACAUACAAGUUGAAGUUCCCGAAGGCACAUAUGGAAGAGUUGCACCACGAUCAGGGCUAGCAUGGAAAAAUCACAUCGAUGUAGGUGCUGGUGUCAUUGAUGCAGACUAUCGCGAGGAAAAUGUGUGGAAGCUGUGUCAGGACGUAGCUACGAGACACGGAUCGGAAAUAAGUCAUUGCUAUGUUGCUUUCGUGAGCAACCCCUGGCGUAGCGUACCUCUAUGGCGGCAACGGGCAGGAAAGGACGAGGACAAGCUCGUAGUUUGGGACUUCCACGUAUUCUUUAUCUACGCACCCGACGAAAGGGCGGUCGUAUACGAUUUAGAUAGCGUGUUGCCAUUUCCUACGCAUUUCUGGAAGUACGCGAUGGAAACGUUUAGAUCGGAAGAAGUGGUGUCGCCAGAAUAUCAUAGAAGAUUCAGAGUGUUGCCAGCCAGCGUGUACUUGCGGGAGUUCGCGUCGGAUCGGCAUCACAUGAAACGAGAGGAUGGCACAUGGAUCAAGACGCCGCCGGAUCAUCCUCCGAUAUCAACACCAAGGAGCAAGGAUAACUUGGAUACCUUUAUUAACAUGGAUCCAGGGACCGGGUUUGGGGUGGUGUUGACGUUAGAGCAAUUAUUCGAUCGGUUUCAUAGGCCGAUCGCGAACCCAUCGGUCACCAGUUCACCUCAGCCACAACCGACACCGACAUAAGCACACAGCUAAGUAAGUUUCGCAGGGUAACGAUCGUUCGUUUCAAUUUCAAAUGUCAAAAUGAAUUUAAUGGCCUAAGGGAAUUCGUAGGCGCGUGUACCUUCGCGAGCGGACGUGUUGGGUCAUAAUUGGACAAUUAUGUUUAUUUAAUCGUUGAACAUCGUCUGAAAAUCGCAACUGCGUUUUCCAUGUACCAGCAAACGUAUAGUGGAGCCGAUAGAUUAUUUAUCGAACGUUAGCGAUGGGACCGAGGCGUGUUUAGAUACCAUCGGUGUAUUGGACGUUAUAAAUUGAUUCUUUUGCGUCGCAAAACCAUCGAGUAGAAUUAUUGCGAACGGUUUGAGGCUUAUCGAGACAUGAUGAGCGUUGUAUCGAUACGUAUCGACUGUUUCAACUUUGCGUAACUGCUUGCAAUUUUAAAUAGAAUUAUAAGUGAACGAUUGCAACGUGGUCAUCUUCAAUCUACAAUUGAUACAUUGACUGUUAUGACGGUUAUCACUAACAACCAUCUUAAACCAACAACGAGUUUCGAAAUCGUUUACAUUGAACGGGUUCUAAUACUUUUAAUUUUAAUACUAAAAUUUUAAAUAUCGCUUCUACUGUCAGAAAUCGUCGAAUUAUCGUAAAUUUUUGUUUUCAUAAACUUGAUCAAAUGUCGAUGAAUCCUUUAGAUUUGCGAAACUGACGUGGCAGUCAACGUGUUAACGAGUGUCAAUUGUUCAGCGGAAUCAUACUGUGGAAGCAACGUUUUAUUGAAAUUAUUAUUUAGACAAACGUUUAUUGGAAGCAGAGCUGUAAAUUCUUAAUUACCAUUACGUAAUGAUUACUUUGACCAAGUAAUAAAAUAGUUGCCAUUACAAUUACUCAUUGGAGUUACUUAACUACUACCAGUAAUCCAAUUACUUUCUAAUGACUACUUAUAACUGUCUAGAAAGUAAUUAAAAGGUGUCUCAAAUCUAAAGUAGUUGAAAAUACCUAAAAGUAAUUAAAAAGUAGUUGUAAUUUAAUUACCUUUUAAUUAUUUUUAGGUAUUUUUUACUACUUUAGAUUUGCGAUAGCUUUUAAUUAGUUCCUGAAUACUUGUAAGUAAUUAUUAAAAAGUAAUUCAAUUACUCAGUAAUUAAGAAUAAGGUAUUGCAUAAUUACUAAAAACAAAGUAAUCAAGAAUUAGUUAAAUAACUAUUUCCUAAUUCAAAAGCAAUUAUUUCAAAUUGUAAUGGGUACAAAAGUAAUCAUUACUUUACAGCUCUAAUUGGAAGUUAUUCUUACACUCUCCAGCUGUGAUAUUAGAUCAGCUUACAUCGUUGUUUCCUCAAAGUCUUUGUUAUACCGAUACUUGAUGUCUGCAUUUUAUCAAUGGUACAAAAUGUGUAAAAUAUAGUCUCGCUGAAACACCAACGACUACUUGUUCUGAUUGAAAUGAUACGUAUCUGUAUCAACAAUCAUGUCAUCGGAUUGGUCCUAUUGCUACCGAGCAUUCCUGAUUUCGAUGCAUCCUGUUUCGUAUCGCAGUUAACGUUUGCUUCUUACUUUUUGCGUGCCUCGUUCUUGCCACCGAUUACAUAAUCGUAAGACAGAUUAAUAAUCGCUCCAAUUUACAGUGAAGUCUCCAUAAAUGCACAAGCUCGGGGACUGACCUUGUGCAAUUAUCGUAGAGUUCGUAUAUUCUCGUUUGCCGACGAGCUUCGAACGUAGAGGACAGCGAAUAAAGAAGAGAACGGAGCGAAAACACUGAGGUAUGUCGGUGAGACAAUUUAAUGCAACGGUGAAACUUUUUUAUAAUUAAGUUUUUGUCGUAAAACUGUUACCAUUACAUUCCUCACAUUUUUCUGAUUAAAAUGAGACCAAACACGAUAUAAUUCGGAUGAUGUUUACCAUGCAUCUUUUUUUAGUUAGUGUUCUACGAUAUAUGCACAGAUACAUGAUACAUAAUGAGUUGUUACAAGUAAAUAUGGUGCGAAUUACGUCGUGUUUGGUCUCAUUUUAAUCAGAAAGAUGUCAGGAAUAUGAUGGUAAAAGUUUCACGACAAAAAAGUUGGUAAUAAAAAAGUUUCACCGUUGCAUUAAAUUGUCUCACCGAGUAAUCCGAUUCCAGAUCAUGUUUACACUGCUGUGAGCCCUUAAGAGGUAUACCCACUAGUACCGGAGCUGCUUUCUGUGCAUUUAUGGCAGAGAAAUUUGUGCAUUUGUGGAGACCUUGUUGCAUUCACUCAUCGUUGAGCGUCGCGUACGAGUUUAUUACAGUCGAGCGUCGCGUACGAGUUUAUUAUCGUCGAGCGCUUCGAUUCCGGUGCAACGCGUUUCAAAAUUUUGUAUUCUGUUAAAAAUGAACAUUUAGAUGUAUCGUUAUAGAAAGAACAAGAAUCGCGUUGUUAACGCCGUUGCGCGAGCUCGCUGUCGAGCGAUUUAGCGUGCAGUGAUCGUGCUGUGCUUUUUUUCAGUAUAAAUUGCGUUCGUUGAAGAAUUCGGCAAACACAUUUUAUUAUAAACGAUCCGCUCGAACGCGUAAACGAUGUUCGCCGAAUACUUCACCGGACAUCCCGUAUCUCGAUAAGUAUUUUUGCCCCGUUGCAUUUUCUAGGCUAUGCUGAAAUAAUGUUUGUUUCCUCCCUUUUGAAGUCUUUUUUGCAGAGCGUUUCGCGGAGACCCUCGUCUCCGCUGUGUGCUACCACGUUACGAUCGGCCAUGUUUCAAGUUUUGAGCCGGUGGCCGAUAUAAGUGUCCUCGUCUUUGUACGUUUCGAACCAUGCAAAUGAAUCUCUGUCACGGCUUCGCUCUAUCGAUGGUAUUGUAUCGUUAUAAUUAUUGUGUCAAAGACUGAUCGUAUUUACGGACAAAUUCCAACGCUCGACGGGAAGUCCCCUCCGAUUGAUGCAUAAACUUAGGUGCGUGUAUCUAUUGAAGCGCGUCCGGGCACAGACGCGACCGAAAGCGCUUAUUAUUAUUGUGCGAUCGAUAUGGUAAGGGCGAAAGCUCGAUCUUUGUGAGAUAUAAUGUAAUUAUUACGAUUAUUGUAAUUCUUGUGAUACUUUACACUUUCUACUUUGAAUACCUACAAGCUAUACUUGUCUACUGUUUGUACUAUAUAUAUAUAUAUAAAAAAAAUCGAUUCUUAACGACCGUGCGUUCGUUUGUCGACGCGAAUAUCCCCUCGAUGAUGUUAGAUGAUGUUAGAUGAGUAUGGAGAAAUCGGGAUUCGAUCCGAAUUCAUACGGGAUUGCAUCCCCACACGACCAAUUCUCUACAUCGAAAAAUCGUCUUCGAGUCAACGAAUGCGUGUAUACCUUAUAUCCCGAAUAUCGACAACGAAAACUUGAAAUGAUAAUUGUAGUGCUUUCGUUUCUUUUUCCCUUUCUUUUCGAUUACACUUACUUUAUGUCAGUGUAUCUAGGGUUAAAAAAAUCUGUUGUAAUUUGAAAUGAUUAUUGUAGCGCUUUCAUUUGUUUUUCCUUUCUCUUCACUUACUUUGUAUUAGCUG